AUGGGGACUGAAACUUUCCUUAGCAUGAUACUCGAUACGCCAACUGAUGAUCUUGUAGCAUCUGAAAGUGUGGAUCAUGCAAAAAACGAUUCUUACAAAGGUAGUGACGUUCACGAAAAAUAUAUCGAUGAGGCUUCUUUCGUCAGCAAUAACUUAACAAGUGCAAAUAUAGAAUUAAGUAAAGACGAAAUUAAAACAGUUCUCAUCCAAUCCUAUUUAUCACCAAGGACUGGCUAUGGAAAAUAUAACUUAGUUGGAACGCUGACUCAGGAAAUUAAUAAUUUACUAUCUAAGAAAAAAGUUAAACGCAAAAAUCAUAGGAAAAAGAAGAGAAUUCUUCCGAUGGAUAAUCAAGAACAGAAUCAAAAUAGAGCAGCUCAUAAAGAGAAAAAAUCAUUAAACAAACAAUCCGUUGACAAAUCAAUUAAGAAAGAAGAUGAUGAUGCUUCAGUUGUAAAAAAAGAGUGGAUACCUAGCGAUCAUAGGCUUGAUAAUACUAAGAAUGAAUACAUUCUUGCUUGGAUUAGACAGAAAGAUGAAAUUGCCCUUAAGAAAAGGCAGGAAAUAAAAAAGGAACGUAAACAGAAGAAAUUAAGCAAGGAGGAAAGGCUGAUACAAUCUGAAGUUAGAGAACGACAAGCAAAAACUUCAUUUAAACGUUGGCUGCGUAUAAAAAAGCGAGAAGAAAAAUCAGCUAAUCCUGUCAAUAACUCAUCAUCUGUACUCUCCGAGAAACAAGUUGUAGCUACUCCACAAGAAAGUAAUCAAGAUGUUGACGUCAAUCAUGACAAUGAUCAAGUUAAUGAAAAAUAUGGCCAACAGGAUGAACAAGCCCAUGUUGAAAAGGCAUCAGUAUCAUCGUCGAAACACCAAGAGACCCCAUUAAAAAAGGAAACGAGUAAAGUUAAUCAACGAAGGCGUAAGAAGAAAGCGAAAGCUAAAGUAAAGGAUGAAGCUAAACAAUCAAGUUCUAGCAAUUCGCAAAAUCAUCUUGCGAUUCGUAAUGACGAUAUAUCAAAAAAACGUAUUUCAUAUGAUGAAUGGUUGAAACAGAAAAGCAUGGAAGACAAUAUGAAAAAGAAGAUGGAUAAAAAUAAGGAUAGCUCUUAUGAUGAAGAAACAAGUCAAUUAAUAAGUAAAGUAGCCAAGAAAAGAAUGUUAAAUAUAUUAGCAAGUAAAAAGAAAGUAGACUGUGGUCAACAUUUGGAUAAAGUGAAAAAAACGUUGGACAAUCCGUAUAGCCACAAGUAUUGA